UCUCUACAUCAGUGACGUCUGAUACCUCUGCAGAGAGUCAGGAACGAUGACAACCCCAUGGGCAAUAAGACUACAGGGCUGUAUUGAUGGUCAUGUGAUGUGAUUGUUGUGGGUCCAGGCAACAGGGGUGAUCGGAUAGUGCACAGCAGUCUGCAAAGGAUCAACACCAGAACAAUGGCAGUGUCUCGGAUCAGGAAAUCAAUGGAGAAAGAGGAAACUAUGCACAGAAAUAAAAACAACAAGGAACUUGCAAAGAAGCUCAUUGAUACACGUCUGGACGCUGGUUAUUGGAUUCCCCUUAUUUCAGAAAAGAUUGGGCUUCUGAGUUCUCAAGCAUUACAAUAUUCUGACUAUGCAGAUUAUACAGAACUAGAAUCCAAAAUCAAAUAUACCUGGGAGAAAGGGGCUUUGCGGAAACUGUUUAACCUGCCAGACAGCAGCAACGACUUGACUGAAACCCAACAAAUUCAUUCAAAAACACUAAAAGCAAGAAAUAAACAUGCUGCUGAGAUACUGAAGACAAUGAAAAGUUUAAAUAAUGAAGGAAAGGGUCAAGAUGAUGAAAUUGUCAGACAGAUAGAGAAGGAAUUAAAGAAAGCCAUGCAGAUCCCUGCUGAAUAUCAACCACCCCCUGACAAAAAAUUCACUGAUUUAAUAGAUUACUUCCAGAGGCAAAUUGACCUCACAGAGGAAUCUUUUUUACAAAAGGAAAAUCUGUCAGAUGAAGACAUCCUUAACUUGGCAUCUGAAGGGUUAGCACUUGAGGGGAUUUAUGUCACAGAAAACAAGAAGGAUUUGCUUCAGAAACAUGAAAAAAUAAUUUGUGUUCCUCAAGGGUUCAAACUUUUUGGGCCAGAGCAAGGGUCAUUUCUAUGGCAAAGAGAAUUUACAUCCAAUGAUAAAGAAAAUGAUUUUCAAAAGUCUGUUGAAAAACUUGGUUUAAGUCUUAGUUGUUGCAUCCCAGGUGGCUUUUCGGAUCUUGGUGUUGAAAGCAACACAAACUGCAGCAAACCCUCAAAGUCUGACAAAGCAAAUGAAAUUCUCAAUGAGCAGGUGUAUCUUUCCACAACUAAAUUUAACUGCAUUCCUCUAGCUUCCUGUUAUUUUACAAAGGACCAAAUCAGACUUUCUGAAGCUGCUUUACAAUGUUUAAAGAAAAUUGAGAAUAUAAUUGAAGAUCCUAACACAGAUAAAGAAACAAUUACAAAUCAAUGUCAAUAUUUUUAUAAAAGAUUUGGGUCACAUGUCAACUUGGGCCCUAUACAUUUUGGAGGAAUUUUCUGGUGGAAAGCAUCAAGCAAGAGAUUGAAGGUUGACCAGUUGCAGGAAGCCAAGAAAACAAUAUCUAAAGUGCUUGAUGGCUUUAUGGCAGCUACUUAUUAUGGAUGGGGAGCAAACUUGGAUGCUAUAAGCUCAAAACCCCCACUUUACCUUGAUAAUUCAAACAUUUCAGAAAACAUUUCUGUUUUGGUGAUGAAAACUGGAGGUCCUCCAAUAAAAGAUUCUCCCCAACAAUGGAAGGCAGGUCUUCUAAACAAUAGUAAAACAUGGAGUAUUAUUGACCGAGGGUUCCAGCUGAUGCCCAUAUGGGAAAUCAUUCUGUCCAAUUACAAAGAUGAUUUUAAGAACUGUCUGAAAAUUGCAACAUGCCUUGCUAAUUCUUACAAACUACUGACUAAUCUCCCCAUAGAGACAUUUUAUGGAAAAUAUUUAUUGUAUGAUAUGGAUAACAUCAAAAGUGAAUUGCAAGGAAUGAAAGUGGACAAUGCCAAAGAACACUUGAUGGCUCUUCUCGACUAUAAACAUGCAAUAAAUCAAGCAACAAAUAACUCCACUUCUUGGGUAGACAUAUGUCUAGCUAAUAGAGACUUUCGGGACUUUCUGAUAAAAGUUAUAAAGAAAUACAAACCUUCUACUGAGAAUUACAUUAUAAAAUUCCUUCUUAAGGCAAUUCUUGAGCCUCAAAUUUAUUCAUCUGAAAAUUUUACAGAAAAAUCAUUUAUAGUAAAAUGGAUUCAUGAUUCAGAGAUAGAAGAAUAUCAGGAUAUUUCCAUUUCUGCAUAUACACAGUUUACUAAGAAAGUGAACAAAUCAAAGGAAGAUAUUCGUAGGGUGCUCAGUCAUCAUAAACCAAAUGCAGAAGAGACUCACAAGGCAAAUAUAAGAGCAACAAUACAAGUGAAUCGUUCAUUGUGUUCAUUGCUAAAAUCCAAAAGAAACAUCAAGGAAUUGGAUGCAGAACUUCUACUGCUUUGUACUGCUAACAAAUCAGAAUUUUGUCUACAGAAUUAUGUCUUUCAAGGCAUUUUGGGAUUGAAAGAUAUUGAACAUAUAGAAGACUCUAUUUAUAUAGCUUAUCGCAAAUACACAAAACUGAGAAAAGAAAGUAAACAGAAAUGUCAGGCCCAUGUAUUGCUUGCUGGUUUGACCUCUGUAGGCAACAAGGAGCAGCCAUCAUCAAAAGACAAAAUGCAACGUCUUCAUUUCAUGGUUAAAUUCCUGGGCAAUUCACUCUCUCUUACUAUUAGAACAAUUCUGAAAAAAUACUAUGAACAUUCAGAUUACAGCGGUCUGGAAAAUGAUCUUAAAGAUUUCAUUUCAUCACAAAACAAAAUUGAUGAUAUAGAAUUAAAUAUAGAGCAAGGUUUUCAGGAACUGGAACAAUGUGGUGAAAACAAGAAAUGUUGUCAACAAAGUGAAAUGAUAACAGAGAACAUAAAUGCAGAUUUCCAGAAUUUACUUAAACAAAUUGAUCUUGAAAGUUACUAUUCAAAAAAGCUGAAGAUUUCUGAAUUCCAUAUGAUCUGUAACUUUGCUCAUAAAUCUCCUUCGUUCCACUUUCUGCAACAAUUGCUUCGUUUUGAUUACCGGACAAGACAUUUCAAACUUGGUUAUGAAGACAAAUCUGGAAAAUAUACCAUGGAGAAUGUUUCAGCGAGACCCACCAAAGAGAAUAUUACUGACAUAAAUAGUUUUGACACUUUUUUUAAAAUCACUGAGGUACAGUAUCACAAACUGAGUCCAAAUACACAGUCAGUCCACCCUAUGGAUAUUCAGAUGGCAAUUUUACACUGCGCUGAUGAUUUGACUCAACAAUAUAUCUAUAAAAAACUUUUAUUUUGUCAGUUUGCCCUUCCCCUAUUAAUGCCUAAUCCUAGUACAGGGGAUAUAAAAUUUCCACUCUGGGCAUUCUUCAAUGUACAAAAGAAGUGGCACAAUCAGAGAUACAUAAAUGAAGCAGAAAUUCCAAUUGUAAGUUUCUUAAGGUUUGGUGAAUCCGGCACCUCAAAAUCCCAACUCAUUAACUGUUUGAUGAGUAAGAGAAAACAUGACAUCUUCUACCAUCGACACUGCGAAGGCAGCACAAAGACCUCAGUACUAAUGAAAGGUGUUGCAGAGAUCGCCUGGUAUUGUCCGGGGGGGAGGGAUGAUGACUUGUUUGAUGACUGCAUCGCCUUUACAAAUCUCCAUGGGGAUCUACGAGAGCAUGAUAAGCAAGUCAACUUCUUACUGGACAUUGCCUCAGUCAUUGUCAUACUUUUAACAGAGGCUGAUUUGAAAGAUACAAAGAGCAGAGAAUUUCUACUGAAGUUCUAUCAGUCCUCUAAAUCUUUAAUAUUUUUGUUUACUGACAAAGAACAUAUCCUGCCAGAUGUUGGUAAUAAAGUGAAAAUUGGCACAAAGAAUAGAAAUGAGGCAGAAUUACUGCAAGAAGUAAAAAUAAUGAUUUCAAGAAUGAUCAGGACUAUAGAGAGGCCUCGUUCUCUUGAUGACUGUGUAGGCCUUGCUAAAAGAUAUGGUAUCACUGUUGAUGCAGAAAGUCAAAUAUGUAAAUCUACAAAGGAACAAGCUCAGACUCUAAUGUCUUUGUUAAGAGAGAAAAAAGUUGUAGAGAUGAAGAGAGAAUUUCUUCCAUUACAAGGGGAUCUGUGGCACAAAUGGUGUCAGAAAGACAGAGAAAUCAAUUGUCUCAAGGGAAACAGUGAUGAAAGCAUUGAGCAACAACGUAGUAAGAUUCAGUUAGAAAUGAGUGAAAUUAGGCAGAAUCAGUUACAAAGAGCAUUUCCACUUAAUGUAUUUAUGAGAUGCUUUUUAAACAUUUUACAGUCACACCCAGAAUUCUCAAAUAUGUACUUUCUACAGUGGUUUAAAAUGGAUUUGGACAAAUUAACUUCAGAAGUUCUCCCACAACUAAACCAGGCUUUUAAUGACUUGUGGGCAGAUAUUCAAGUAGCAAAGAAAGAACAGAAAGACAAAAAGUCAGUAGAAGAGAUGGAAAAGAGAUUAAAAAGCCUAUCAGAUCAGAUAAAUGAUUCAACAUUUGGACUUGAACAUGUUCUGAGAGAAGUGGGACAGAUCUAUGAGGCUUCACUAACAUAUUCUAAAGAGGAUAAAGGAUUUUAUUUGUUACCAAACAUUGCUGCCAGUCUCAUGGUCUCUGGGUACCCAAUAGAACUGAUGGAUGGGGAUUCUGCACAUGUGCCUCUGAGAUGGAUAGGAGCCGUUUUAGAUAAACUGGUAGAAAUACUUGGAGAUAAGAAACUUUUUGUUCUCUCCGUUCUUGGAACACAAAGUUCUGGGAAAUCGACUCUGCUUAAUGCCAUGUUUGGCCUGGAGUUUGCAGUAAGUGCAGGUAGAUGCACUCGGGGGGCAUUCAUGCAGCUUGUGAAGGUCAAAGAGCAACUAAGAAAAGAGACAAACUUUGACUUUGUUCUUGUAAUAGAUACUGAAGGUUUAAGAGCCAUGGAACUGUCCAAUGCAGCAACUUUAAACCAUGACAAUGAGUUGGCUACUUUUGUAAUUGGCCUGGGCAACAUCACACUGAUUAACAUGUAUGGGGAAAAUCUAUCUGAAAUAGAAGACGUUCUACAGAUAGCUGUUCAGGCAUUCCUGAGAAUGAAAUCAGUAAACCUCAAACCAGGAUGCCUAUUUGUUCAUCAGAAUGUUGGGGAAAUCACAGCCACAGAGAAAAAUAUGGAGGGACAAAGGCGACUUCAGGAAAAACUGGAUGAAAUGACACGAAUUGCAGCAGAACAAGAACAUUCUGACAUUACUUGCUUUAAUGAUGUGAUCAAAUUUGAUAUAAAUACUCAUAUUUGGUACUUUGCUCAUCUCUGGGAAGGUGACCAACCAAUGGCUCCCCCCAAUCCAAGCUACAGUCAGAAUGUGCAGUCUCUAAAAAAAAUGAUGCUUAAUCAGGGAAAAUCACAGGGCAAUAUAUUAUCUAUUUCAGAUUUUAAGAUUCGUGUAACUGAUUUGUGGAAUGCUCUGCUGAAUGAGAACUUUGUUUUCAGCUUUAAGAAUUCUCUUGAGAUUGCAGCCUACAACAAGCUAGAAAUGAGAUACAACAAGUGGACAUGGGACAUGAGAGAACAUAUCCUUAAUCUACAGAACAAACUCAAAAACCAAAUUCUAAAUAGUGAAAUACACAACAUAGAUAGAAUUUAUCUUCAUGAGAAACUCGAAGAGAAACAUUCCCAAGUUAUGGAGGAACAAAAUGUUUUUUUCAGUGAUGAGAAAGAUGCCUGUAUACUAAUCCAGUGGAAAUCAAAAACUAAGAUCAGACUGGAAGGUGUAAAAAAGGAUCUUGUAGAAGAAGUAAAGAAAAACCUGGAUGAACAGAUACAAAUUAAGAACCACAGGAAAGAAACUGACCAAAAGAAAGAUCAACAUGAAGUUGAGCUGUUACAUCAAAUCAAAUAUUUGGCUUUAUAUAUGAAAGAAGCAACAACAAAUGAAGACGAGAUAGAAGAGAAGUUUAUUAAGCUGUGGAGUGAUUGUAUUAAAAAAGUGAAGGCAUCCAGGCCCAAACUUGAUCCACCUAACAUUUAUGGGGAUAUGUACAAUUGCUUUCUAGAUUACUUUCAACAAGGGACAAAUCUGAUCAACAAGAUCAGGAUAUCUUAUAAAUUGGCCAUGUUAUCUGUGGUGUUUUUGGAAUAUAUCAAGACAAAUGAAAAGUGGUUUGAAAUGCCAUUAGAGAAACUCAAAGAACCAGAAGAAAUAGAAAUGAAACGAGAAACAGAAGAACUAAGAAACAUAAUAAAUUGCUAUAUUGAUAAGAAAGAGAGGGAUAAUAUGGACUAUCUGUGCAGCUACUUUCAUGAGAUCCUGCAAAUCAUAGACAAGGAACUGAGCACUGGGCUCCACCCAAACUUCCGGCGCAGGAAUGACUUCAAGUUCUUUAUUUCAGAAGAUUUCUUAAGAGAAGCAGCAGGGAGAUUUAGCCACCUUUCUCGUGAAUUUAGAAAACAAAAUGACCCAGUCAAUCAUUUUGAAACAAAAAAGAAUCAUUUCUUAAAAAUCUUUAAAAAUUAUUUUGCAAAAAAGGCAUCAAUUGCCUCACUGGCUGAAAUUUUAAGUGAUAAACUGACUGAUUCUAUAAAAGAACAAGUAUUUGCCCAGGCAGCUAUUGACUUAGCCAGUGAAAUGAAAUCCAACCACCCGGCUCUUAAUGGGAACAGAUCUCAAUUAGAGCUUCACCUCUUGAAAUCUCUGGCUGAAAAGGAAGAUUUCCAAACAUACAUUCAGUAUAUUCAUCAUCCCAGAACUGCUGUGACAAUGUAUUUGCAGGAAUGUGUUACUGAAUAUUGUCAAAUGGAUAGAGCAAAAUUUGUUAACGUUUUAAAUAGAAAUCUUGAAAAAUUGAAAAGACUUAUACAGGGAACUAUUGAGAAAUCAACUGAGGCUGUUAAACUCACCGGUGGUGAUACUGAUUCCUGGGUCGGGAAAUUCUGUAAAGAGCUUGGAGGUGACAUUAUUAUUUCACAGAGUGACUUUAAAAGUCUUCAGAACAUAACAGAUGUAGAUUUCCUACAAGAAGCAGUUACUGUGGCUCUGGAAACUGGGACCCAGACCCUAAAAGAAGAAUUUGCUGAUUUCUGCAUGACAAACUUCAGGACACAGCCCCAUGAAAUAUUAUUUGAGCAGUUUAAUGCAUGUUGGCAUAAGUGCCCUUUUUGUAAAGCUGUUUGUACUAACACUAUAGCUGGGCAUGAUGGAGACCACAGUGUCCCAUUUCACCGGCCUCAGGCAGUAAAGGGAUGGGGUUAUUAUGGUACAAAUCAGUUUGACACAGACUUCUGCACCACUAAGGUAGCGAGUGAUAAGACAUUUUGUAGGGAUUGGGAUGCCACUACUGAUGACCAAUUUCCAUACAACAAUUACAGAUCAGCAGGACCUCCAUAUUCUGAUUGGUCUAUUACACCAGAUAACUCAGAGCAAUGUUACUGGAAAUGGUUUGUGUGUCGAUUCAAGGAAGAUCUAGAGAAAUUCAGCAACAAAAAAUUUUGUGAUAGGGGAGCCAUCCCUGAACAAUGGAGUACGUAUACCAAGAAUGAUGCCAUUGCUGAACUGAAAAUGUAAUAAUAAUGUUUAAAGCAGAUGUUAAAGUCAAGUGGUAGGAGCCUGCAAACAAAAAAUACAGCAAAAUGCAUAAUUUUAUUUUUUAAUAAUUAGUUAAUGGUUACCUUAAAAGCACUAUUGGGACACCCUCUGGAGAAUGGGGAUGGUGACCCCCUACUUUACCAUGUAGAGUAGAUCCACACUGGGUUCUAUAUUUCAUUAGUGACAGAGCUUCUUUAAUUGCUACUGUGUAUUACUCAGUGGCAUAACUUGAUGGUUCUGGCUCCAUAGCAAAUUCAUUUUAGGGCCUCCAUUAUAUCCAGAUUUUGUCCU